GUCUUGCUUGGAGUUGCGGCGCUGAGCUACUACUGCUUCGUUCUCUUGGUUACGACUCGUCUCAAGGUCGACGGAUCUUUUGGUGAUCUUGGCGGCAUUCUUUAUGGCAAAUGGAUGAGGGCGACUAUUCUCACAUCUAUCGUAAUAAGUCAGAUCGGAUUUGUGGCGGCAUACAUGGUCUUUACGUCAGAAAACCUGCAGGCCGUUAUUCUAGCAGUAUCGGACUGCAAAUCCAACAUCGCUGUCAAGUGGUUGAUCCUCUUGCAGGUGCUCGUCUUCCUGCCAUUCUCCCUCUUGCGAGAUAUCGAGAAGCUGAGUUUCACUGCUCUUAUCGCGGACGCCUUCAUCCUGCUUGGCCUGGCCUACCUGCUUUACUACGACAUCCUUACCUUGAGUACCAACGGCAUUGCGGACAUCAUCCAGUUCAACCGCAACGAUUGGACCUUGUUCAUAGGCACAGCAAUCUUUACGUUUGAAGGAAUUGGCCUCAUCAUUCCUAUUCAGGAGUCGAUGAAGAACCCCAGCAAGUUCCCUCGUGUCAUGUUGGCGGUCAUGAUCAUCAUCUCCGUCAUCUUCAUCGGCAUGGGUGCAAUCUCGUACGCUGCCUACGGAUCCAAGACAGAGACUGUGGUGCUCCUCAACAUGCCCCAAGACAACAAGGCGGUCAACAGUGUCCAGUUCCUUUACUCUAUCGCCAUUAUGCUGUCAAUUCCUUUGCAGCUUUUCCCCGCCAUCAAGAUUACCGAGAAUGCGCUAUUUACCAAGAGCGGAAAGUACAACCCCUACAUCAAGUGGCAGAAGAACCUGUACCGCUUUUUCUUUGUCAUUCUUUGCGCCGUCAUCGCAUGGGGUGGUGCGGAUGAUCUUGACAAGUUCGUUGCCCUUGUCGGUAACUUUGCCUGUAUUCCGCUUGUCUAUAUCUACCCGGUGACCCUGCUUCACUACAAGGCCGUUGCGAGAAACAGACUCUGGAAGAUUUCCGAUAUCAUACUCUGCAUCUUUGGCUUCGUUGCCAUGGCUUAUACCCAACCUUGACUGUUUAUAGCUGGGCUGGUGGCUCUGAUGAAGGCAAGCCUCCGGCAUACUGCGACCGCAGGGGGAAGUAAGUUGGCACAAAGUGUCUCAGGGAAACGCAUGCGACUGCAUUUUAAUUGUCAUUCAGUGCUGUCUGGAAAGCGUUGGGUAAUCAUUGCAUGGAUUCCAGCGGGUUCUUCAAGGGUUUUGGACAGCAUCGGUCGGUCGUCAAUGAGCAUGGGCUUGUACAUAGACUGAAGAACAAGAGGCUCAUCGCCACGUUUAUAGUUCUGUAUGUGUAUACGUAGUAGCGGUUUGAUCCAAUCAAUCUAUUCUUCAGUUAAUUCUGAAAAGUCCCUGAAAACAUAAAGAACAUGGAGCUGUAGAUAUCGCGUGUCUCAGCGAUUUUGG